UCCAAUUGAUCAGUAUUCAGUUUUCUUAAUCGUUUCUGCCUCCAAUUAAAUUGACUAAUCAUUGUUUCAUUCACAUAAUUUAGAUAGUAUUACGUAACAACCACAUAAACUACACACACACACACACAUAAAUUACAUAAUUGUGCAUUUGUAUUAUGCAAUAGUGUCAUAUAAUAUAAAUAAAUAAUGUACUAUGUAGAUUAUAUACAAUUUAAUAUACAAAUGGAUAUAACUUAUAGUUGGUGUAUUAUCUGUUUAAUAAAUUUACUUUUAAAUGGAAAAUUUGGUCAAGCACAAGAAGAUAAUUAUACAGAAGACUAUACUACUGAUCCUAUCAGUUUUGAUAAUACAACAGUGACCAGUACAACAACUGAGUUCACUAAUAAACCAAAAGUAGAAAACUCUACCACAGAUGGUACUACUUAUACCACAACCCCCAGUUAUUUUAGUAAGUUCUAUUAUUCUGUAUUGUCAAUUAUUCUUUCGUAUGUUUAAUAUUGAAAUAAUCGGUCAAAAACAUUUCACUGCUGAGGAACCCCUGACGAGGAUGAAACGGUUAACUAGUGCUUUCAGAUUUUCACUGGCGGUCUAACAUUAAUGGGUUCAUGACUGUAAUGACACUAAUGAUUAAUUUGAUUUUGCUAACCUGAUAUUCAUUUGGUUAAAUAAAACUGUGUCAUCCAAAUAGCACACCCCAUGAAAUUGUAUUCUUGAAUGAAUCUCUCAACAUUAUCUACAUUUGUAUCUUGGUUAAAUGUCUCUUAGUAACUGUAGUCAAGAAAGCACAUCUUGCCUUCAUCGGAGGUUGGAUGUGUUUUAAUUCAUACAAACAGUCAGUCAGUCAGCUACAACGU